CUCUUCCUGUCGCCUUCGGUUCUUUCUUACACGUCUGGCGUUUGCGGCCUCGAUCCUUAUCCUUGCAACGAUCGUUUCAUUGUGCUAGGGGUGCCCCAUUGUGGAAUUGUUAGUGCCGGUUGCCUCGCCCUGCGCAGCCGCCGGGCGAGCUUUCCAGGAGCUCCUGCGUCUCGCGGACGCAGUUCGCUAUUAGCUCCGGGCAAGACGAUGUUCUUGCACCGUUUACGCGCUCGGUUCUGUUCCCCACCAUCCUCCACCUCGCCUGUCCUUCGAUCGCUACUCCUCGUCCCCUUCCUUUCGUGAACAGGCUGCUGCUCUGCGGGGUCGCGGAUAAAUGGUCUUUUAGACGCUGCGAAUUUUGCACGAGGCGCUGUCGACGAAUAGCGGAUUUUUGAUGUUUCACUGUCAGUCAGUGUUUUUUCUCCGAGGCCGGAGUUCAUACACAUCGGACAUCGCGUCAUUUGCGCGUAUGUGGUUUUCUGGUUCCAUGCUCGCGCGUCUUCUGCCAGUCUGCCUCCGUUCUUUCCGGCACGCUGCGGUGAAUCUGCCCCUGGCGGUGUUGGCGCUCUCGCAGUUCCACUUGCUCUGCUGGGGCCGUUUGUCCACGCACGAGCCGUGGGGCCGUGGCGGCCGGCACCGCGCCGUCCUGCGGCGCAGGAGCCCAGCGUGCCACGGGGAGGACCGCCACGAGCACCGAGUACGGCAGGCUCUUGCCGGGCCGACCCGGGGCUCUCCCGGAGGCGGGGGGCAGCCUGCACGGUGGCGGAUUAUUGGGCGACGUCGCGACGCUGUGCGUGCUUGAUGUGCGAAUAUGUUUGAUGGUUCGGUUUUGCACACGGCAUGCGGAAUGUCGCUUUGCCCACUUUGCAUUUCUCGCGCGGGGCAUAAUGGCUGCAUAAAGCGAGACUCUGCCAAAAGGUGCGGCGGUGAUUUCUCCCCAGUCUGCAUCUCUUCUUCACAGCAAAUAUUUCGCAUUUUCAUGCCAACCACACCAACGUAUGGUGUACUGUGAGCAGCUGGGAGAAGCCAGCAUAUCGCGGUACGUGGAUCGCCCGUCGCGUGCUAUGCGUCACGGCGACCUUCAACGAAACAUGUCUCGACCAACGAGUAAUUACAUCUACAGUAGUUGAUGCCCCCGUGGUUAUGUGCCUUGGGCCGCGUUGAUUCGACAUGAGUUUGCGCUCAUUUUCCUAGCGAGAG